AUGGGCGGAGAGGCGUGCGCGUGCGCUCCUGUUCCACCUCGGCCACUCGCUGCUCCCGAACCGGACCAGCUAUAUGACCAUCACUCCUCAGAAGAAGAAUUAGAGACCUUUUGUCUAGGUGUCUGCGCGUCUGAACAACAAACAGCUCUCGUGUCUUUGAUGUUCGCUAAGCUUUUACAAGAGCUUUCAACAUAUUGGCUCUGCGUCCCGCAGCCACCUAACGCAAUCUAA